AUGCAUUGCCUUGGCACUCUCUAUCCACCUCUAACCUUCUCUCGCCAGGUACCCAUCCUUCAUUCAUCCCUCACCAGUCUGCCCUUUCUAUGCCAGCAGCUGCAGCGAGCAGCGGAGGAGCAGCAGAGGGCGGCAGGGGCGUCACCUCAGGCUGUAGCGGCGGCUGUAGUGGCAGCCAAGGCUGCGAAAGCUCCCGCCAAUGAGCUCGCGACAGCUGUCUCAGAGGUGGCCACCAGCAUCAACGGAAUAUACUUCCUCCCGACACUCAAUGAUCCAGAAGUCGAUCCCUUCAGGGAGGUGGUGAUUGCGCUGCUGAGAGCCAAGGGUGCAGGGGGGGUAGGGCUGAAGCGAACAGAGAUAGUGGAGGCCACGCGCAUUGCACUCAAAGCUCAAGUGCCCGCUGCAACGUACCAACGGGUUUUGAAGGAGUUGUGUGUCACUAAUGGUGCUGCAUGGGUGUUGAAGCCAGGGGAUGGUAGCACAGUGUAG